AUACACGCUGAGUAAGGGUUUAGGGAAACCUCUGAGGCUUCACCACGGCAGUAGUGGGCGAGCAACAGCAGAGAACACACGAACCACCACCACAGGAGAUACCUGUCUUGUACAAGAUCCGGACUAGUGCAUACACAACACUCUUCAUCAUGGUGGGAGUACUAGCAGAGUUGUGUUUAAGAGGGUUGAGACCCUGCUCCUGGGCCCUCUUUGUGUAUGUGUUAUGCGAGUAUGUGCUAGGGACCCUGGGUGAGUCUGCUGCCACCAGCCUCUAUGACCCUCCUAUCUACCCGAGUCCAGUCAAGGUCGACACCCACUAUGACAUCACCACCCAUGACGAUGAGGUCAAGAAAGAUCGGGAACCACUUCUAAGAUCCAGUAAGAUACUGCACUUCCUGCCUGAACGAUACUUUGACUCAGCUGUGGGCAGUGUACCUGGUCCUGUGGGCCUCCGUCUGCCCACACUCCAUCCAGCCUCCAUUUCUGUACCAGAGGUUGUGACCUCCCAGGUGGUGACCUCCCAGGUGGUGAGAGGUCAACGACCACAGUGUGCUGGAACAAGCAACUACUGCCUCUAUGAUCGUAACUACCCACUAGACAAGGUUAAUGCCAUUAUUGAUCGAUACUACAAUGAUAUUCGUCACAUAUAUGGCGACCUGUAUCGCUUCCCCACCCACGAUAUUAUCUACUAUGAGAAUGUCACUCGCCACUACAGUUCCUCGUCUGGUGCACGUCACCACCUCAGACGGGAGGGACACUUUGUGUGUGAGAGCACCGUUGAGUAUGUAAGACCUGGCUGGGCACAGAACCUCAGAGGGGAGUGGGUCGCCAUCCUCAACACUGACAAGUUUCCCCAGACCAUGAGAGUUGAGACCUGCAGCUACGGAGGGAAGCGGUGUGAGUACCUGCCUCCAUGUUACAAAUCAAGUUGUGUGCAGCGCUACAGCUAUGUACGUCUGCUGUGUGUAGAUCCUUACCACCCAACUCUCAAGCCAGUGGUCGACGUCUUCCAGAUCCCCGCUGCCUGCUCCUGCUUUGUUGAGGACUUCACCUAUUACUGAGGCUCUCAACCUCAAUCUCACCUGAUAAGACUCCCAGCCUUGUUACAUAUUCCACAGAGAAAACUUUAAACUCAUAGGGGUUAUACAGCCCCUUGAGGAAUGGGAGGCAAUCAGGUUUGAUCCAAGGAAGGUAUGCAAAUCUCCAACUCCUUGAAUCAAGAGGCUUUCACCAGCAUCAGGAAAUCUCUUGGAAGACUUCAUUUAAUGCAAUGCUUGAACAAGCAUAAAGUUUCCAGUGAAUAUGUCAUCUAGAUUGUAGUUAACAGCAAGGGUAUUAUUAGCUUUAAGUCAGGUUCUCAGCAAGGACACUGUGCAUUACAGCUGAACCUUAGCAAUGCAUUCAUUUACAGACUCAGAUUUAGCAUAGUCAUACUAGCACCACUAUAUCCCGCUGCACACUAUAGUACCAAGACUACCAAAUUAUUUAAUUCGUGCAUAUAUGUAUCCACAAAAGCAGAGGUAAGCUCAUGGUGUCCUGUCUUCAGUAUUUAUCUUAGUUUUUACAGGUAACAAGUGCUACAAUGCUACCUUCUUCUUUAAGUCAUUCCAUUGUUCUUCCACUCUGGAAAAGUUACUUUGGUAUACUUCUUUCUCAUUUUAUAUAUUAAACACUGCUAAGUCUAUCAGGGUCAUAUAGAACUACUAGUACAUAGCUAUGUGCACAUCAGUGUGUGUUGAAGUCUGUGGUAUAUUGCAUGUACUAUUAUAUUCAUGGAGAAGUGCUAAACUAACAGGGGCCGUACAGCACCUGUGACGACACUAAUUUGAAGUAAAGCAUGUUUGAACUUCAAGUUAUAAAUUGAAAUUAGGCCUUUAAAUAAUGUGAGCAUAAUACUCAAAUUAUUAAAAGUGUAGAUAUUGCAGUACUGAAAUUUAAUGUACUGUGGAGGUCACAGGGUGGUGACUGUGCCCGGGAUUAGGGUUAUAAUGUUGUAUGACACCCAGUGUAGCACUGUAACCUGAGGAAGGAGGAACCACUGAGAAUACACAUGUAUAUCCAUGUCUCUUUGAUGGAUGGUGUAUACUACCCUAUCUAAACAUGUUUUUAAUUUAAGAGAUUGUUUUUGUUAUACUUUGUCUCUCAAGAGAGGUUCCUUGACACCAAUGAGGCAGGCUGUUCAUGUAAUGAAUUAGACAUGACCUCUCCUUCCUAGAACUGAAGCUGAUUACCCUCCCGUUUCAGUUGCUGUACGACCCUGUAUGGUUAAGUGCUCUCCCCAUGAAUAUAAUAAUUGUUACAUUCUAAAUGGUUAAUCUUGGUUUACUUAAGUUUACUUUACUGAAAAUAGUGCGGAGAAACAAAUGUAAAUCUAGACACAGUAAAUCACCAAUGCCUUAAAACAGACCGACAUAGCUUAUUGCUUCACUGGUAACUGACUGUAACACUGGGUGAGUGGGUAGGUAAGUAGUUUUAACAUUUGAAAAGCAAGUCUGACAGCAUAGCUGAUAAAAAUAAACAAAAAACUGUUUAUAUGAAUAACAUAAAUAUUAUUAUAUUAAGUUAAAAUAUCCAGCAUUACUUCUAAACUCCAAUAAAUUAUUAAUGUAACAGCUCUACUAAAGUUCCUGGAGAACCCUACAGGCACCCCAGUAAUUAAAAAAACAAAAGGAAAAAAGCUUAAGCAUAGUACAGGCAAGGGCAUACAGUGUCUAUUUUUACACAUUAUUGAUACCUAUUAACUGUACUUAACCCGUAAACGGUCCAAACAUAUACAGUGGACCCCCGGUUAACGAUAUUUUUUCACUCCAGAAGUAUGUUCAGGUGCCAGUACUGACCGAAUUUGUUCCCAUAAGAAAUAUUGUGAAGUAGAUUAGUCCAUUUCAGACCCCCAAACAUACACGUACAAACGCACUUACAUAAAUACACUUACAUAAUUGGUCGCAUUCGGGGUAAUCGUUAUGCGGGGGUCCACUGUAUAUACAUUUUUUCAACAUUUUAAAGUAUGUAAAAAAAGUAGAUCUUUUUGUUUUUCUACAUUUGAAAAUGUGUAAAAAAACUUCGAUCUACUUUUUUCUUGUUAUAAUUGAAAAUAUGUAAAAAAAACUUAGAUCUACUUUUGUAGCACAACACACGUGAACGUAGAUCUGCUUGGACCGUUUACGGGUUAAAGUAUGUCCAUAAAAUAUAAAAUACUUUCAAUAUAAAUUUUACAACCGUGUGUGAUUUAAAAAGUAUUAUUAGAUUCAGAGAGAAGGUUAGCCCUGAGUCUUUUUAUUAAGAGCCCAUCAACACCAAUGCACACUUCUUCAAUUAUAUUCAGAAACGUGCAAAAAAUUUAAUGGAUUAUACAGACACACUUGAAGGACAACUUCAAAAAACUAUUGCAAAGUGACUAUUUUAGUCAUAUUUUAUAUGGUUUUACUGGGAUAUGAAAAGUUAUUCCCCAGACAACUGUGACCACCAGCAAGAUUACAGCCAUUCAACUAAGUUGAAUGACAUAACUAUUUUAAGCACUGGUACGCCCGAUUUUGUGUAAAUUUCAUGCGUACUAACAAGUAAGCUGUAUGCUGUGCUUGAAGCCACUCGCCCCACUGCUAUCAUACAUCAGCGACAAAAUUGUUUGUUACCUUGUAAUAAAGGCUGUGUACGUUA